CAGUUGCUGCUCGUUGCUGCGUCCGAUUGGUGUUGCUUUUUUUCGCUGUCCGCAGUUCGCUGUUCGCCGUUCGCCGCUCGUUCUUCGUUGAUCGUUCUUCGCCGCCGUUUGCCGUUCGCUGUUCGCCGUCGUUCGUUGCCGUUCGUUUCUGUUCUCAGCUGUUUGCAAAACGCGAAAGCCAACGGUAAAACACUUAAGCGUAAUCGAUAAGUCCUUCGAUCGAUCCUUAAGCCGAUUGCGCAAGUGUAAAGUGCAAGUGCUGUAAAAAUGUGUGUGUGAGUGAUUCAGUAUGUGUGACGCGCGCCAAUAAGAAGAAGUGAAAAAGAAAAAUGGAUAACGAUUCGCAUACACAAGACAAUCAUCGAGGCUCAGUGUCCUCGAACAAAUCACUGGAAAUACCCGUUACACCCUCGCGUUCCCCCAAAAAAGUCUCCUUCUCCGACGAGCUUCCCAGCAGCAGCAGCAGUUAUACGCCCAGCAGCAAUCCAGCAGGACAGCCUGAGGAGCCCAGUGGCGUCAGCCAGGUGCUGCAACAGGCUGUGCAGUAUUUGGAGCGUAUGCAUGGCACACAUGAUUAUACACAGAGCAAAGAGGAAGUGUUUGAACAGUUAACCCCAGCAGCAGUGCUCGACUUGGAUGCAGUGUCUGUUAAAAUGGAAUCCCCCAGGCUAUCGGCCACCUCACCCAGCAUACUCAUCGCUGAGCCAGCCAAUGGGAAUGGAAAUGCUAGUGACGCGAAUGGUGGUUACGGCAAGCAGGAAAUGCUGGCGUAUGAGCCGCAAUCGAAUUUGUACAUGGAACGAUACAAGCUUAAUUUAGAUAAAAACUGCAGCUCUAUGGAGCUGGAGGCGCGACGGGAGAAACAGCGCUGGCUAUUGAUAUCGGAGUGCAGUGCUCGCUUCGGCGAGGGAAAACACACAAGAGAAGCGUUCCGCAAACUGUUUCUGGAUGAGGAAUUUCAGCAGAAGCUCUUCCAACUCUUUGAUCUGGAACGUAAUGGAUAUUUACUACAAGAUCGCUGGAUCGAGCACCUGAAGGGUCGCCUCACCGACGAUCGGCAAAUGGACUUUGCUGAGCAAAUUGAAUCUGUGGCCUAUGUCAUCUGCGGCGAUAAGAGCCAAGUGAGCUUUAAGAACUUUCGCGAUAUCUGGCAUACCCGAGGCAUAUUGGACAAACUCUAUCGCUUGAUUGACAACGAUGGCACGAAUCUGAUAUCAACCAAUCAAGUUAUGGAGUUCAUAUCGCAUUUAACCAACUCCAGACCCCGCACUGGCUUUGACAAGAGCUCUUUAGCUCGACUGGAGCAGCUCUUUCGCAACACUGUGGGCAAUGAUCAGGAAAUACGACGCGAGGAGUUUCAGAAAAUUGUCACCUCCAAGAAUCCCUUUUUCACAGAUCGCGUAUUCCAAAUCUUUGACAAAGAUAACUCGGGUUCGAUAUCUCUGCAGGAGUUUAUAGAUGCCAUACAUCAGUUCUCAGGACAAUCCGCUGAUGAUAAGAUACGCUUUCUGUUCAAGGUCUACGACAUAGAUGGUGAGUUUUCUUUGAUAGACUUAAAAAAGUUCCUUAAACAUCGAAACUAUUUUGCAGGCGAUGGCCUUAUACAGCACAAAGAGCUGCACGAUGUGAUACGACAUUGCAUUAAGGAGAAUGGCAUGGAGUUCUCCGAGGAUCAGAUUGAGGAUCUAACCAGCGCCAUGUUUGAAGAUGCCGAUCCGCAUAACAGCGGCGAAAUCACCUAUGAAGCACUCAAGAAUCAGCUGCACAAGCACGGAGGUUUGCUUGAGAAUCUCAGUAUUACCAUUGAUCGCUGGCUGGUGCCCAUUGCAGAGGAGGUGCCGGCGAGCAAGAAGACUGGAGGAUUGUGGAAUAAAAUACCUCACCAGCUGACGCUGGCUUACAUGAAGAACAAUCAGGUGUUUGUCUCCUAUCUGUUCUUCUACAUUGCUGUCAAUUUGUGUCUCUUUAUCUCGCGUGCCAUUCAAUAUCGCGAAAGCAACGGCUUCGUCAUCAUUGCCAGAGCUUGCGGACAAUGUCUCAACUUUAAUUGCGCCUGGGUUUUAGUUUUAAUGUUAAGGCAUUCAUUGACUUAUCUACGCUCGCGAGGAUUAUCCUCGUUUCUACCACUGGAUCAUCAUGUCUAUCUGCACAAGCUGACGGGCAUCACAAUCUCGGUGUUUAGCUUGGUGCACACUAUAAUGCAUUUGUUCAAUUUCUCCAUUAUUGUGAUCAACGAUCCUAAGAUCAAUGCUGGUCAUUACACCAUUACGGAAUGGCUGCUCACUGAUCGUCCUGGAUUGUUUGGCCUCAUCCCUGGCUGUGCUAAUCCUACAGGCGUGGCACUCUUGACCAUUUUGCUGGUUAUGUUUGUUUGCUCUCAACCGUUUGUGCGACGCAAGGGCAGCUUCGAGAUCUUCUACUGGACCCAUCUGUUGUAUGUGCCCUUCUGGAUACUGACGUUGUUCCAUGGCCCCAACUUCUGGAAGUGGUUUCUGCUACCGGGACUGGUGUACUUCGUGGAGCGUGUGUUGCGCUUUGUCUGGAUGCGUGGCGAACAUGGCAAGACGUACAUUAGUUCGGGUCUGCUGCUGCCCUCCAAAGUUAUCCAUUUGGUCAUCAAGCGGCCGUACAAUUUCAACUUUCGUCCGGGCGAUUAUGUGUUUGUCAACAUUCCAGCGAUUGCCAAAUACGAGUGGCAUCCCUUCACCAUCAGUUCGGCGCCCGAGCAAGAGGACUACAUGUGGUUACACAUACGCACCGUGGGCGAGUGGACAAAUCGCCUGUAUCGCUACUUUGAGCGUGAGCAGCAAAAGCUGCAUAAAGGUGACGUCAAUCAGCAUAUGCACGCGAUUCCCACGCCCAGUUUUAUGCUGCUGAAUGAGACACGUAAUCCCGCCAUGGCCGACAAGACGCGGCUUUCGCAAACGCAAACGACAACGCCGCAAACGGAUUUCCUGGCACGCAACAUGGCCAGCAUCACUUUAAAUGCACCCACGCCACCUCAGCGUCCACCGCGGCAACAUCGCAAGCUGGCGGCAAGUCCUCCAGAGGCUGCAAACACCACGGGAGUCAAUCGUAUACGCAGCAUUAAGAAGUCACUCCAGCGCACCUUCUCUCGCAAGGAGACGGCUGAACCAAAGCCAAAACCCAACCAGGUUACUGGUAUUUCGAAUGGUGCUUUCGUUGGGGAUGCCGGCGAGCGGGAAGAUCUAAGCAUGAAGCAACGGCCGCUGGAGAAGAGCAUCUCUUUGCCCGACAUUAGCAUGAAGAGCAAGAAGCGAAGUCGACUCAAGGCCCUGCGCGCCUUGGGACGCUCAGAAUCGGAGCGCGCCUUUGAUGACAAGCGCAUGCUACGCGCUCGGCACAACAGCGUGGGCUUGGCCUACCUUAGUCCGCAGAACAAGUCGUUGGCGCAGAGUUUCCGCUACAUGCGCAACAAGCCCACAAUCAUUGCAUUCAAGACGCCCAGCGUAGAGCAAUGUGAUCUCCAAUUGGCGACCACAGGGGAAACCAACGGCGAGCACGGCAUGGCAGAGCAAGGACGUGUCUCACGGGCAGAGAGUGCGUCAGACAACAAGUUGCAGUUGACACGACUUAGCGUAUCCACGGAUGACAGGCCGUUGGAGGAUAACACUCACAUGGGCGCGGGUUGCAGAAAGUCACGCUUGCGUCGUCCCACAUUUCUGCGCACGUUGUCCACAUCCAUAACAAAUCGGUCCAACAUGGGCAACGGUGGCAUUGGCAGUUCCACAACUAACAGCGGUAGCAAGGUCACACUCGAUGCGGGCGUCAUGGAGAUCUUUAUUGAUGGCCCAUAUGGUGCACCAUCGAGCCACAUCUUUGGUGCUCAGCAUGCGGUGCUCAUUGGCACAGGAAUUGGCGUGACGCCUUUUGCAUCCAUACUGCAGUCGAUUAUGCAUCGCUACUGGAAGGCGCGGCACAGUUGUCCACGCUGUCAGUUCGAGUGGGCGAGCGAGAUACCCAAGUCUGUGAUGAAUCUGCGCAAGGUGGACUUUUUCUGGAUCAAUCGGGAUCAACGCUCGUUCGAGUGGUUUGUCAAUCUGCUGUCGCAGCUGGAGAUCGAGCAGGCUGAGUUAGGUGGCGCCAUGGAGCGAUUCCUGGACAUGCACAUGUACAUUACAAGCGCGUUGCAGCGCACGGACAUGAAGGCGGUGGGUCUGCAACUUGCGCUGGAUCUGCUGCACGAGAAGGGUAAACGAGAUCUGAUCACUGGACUCAAGACACGCACGAAUGCAGGACGACCCAACUGGGACAAGGUGUUCAAGCAGCUGCAGGCACAGCAGAAGGGCAAGGUUACGGUCUUCUAUUGCGGACCGCCUCAGCUGGCGAAGACGCUGCGCGUCAAAUGCGAUCAGUAUGGAUUCGCUUUUCGUAAGGAGUGCUUUUGAGAUUAGAAUCCUUUGCAUUCACAAUGUUUAUCUCAUGUUUUUUUUUGGGUUUGGUAUCUCGUUUUCCCAAUCUAAGUAGUACCAUAGUAUAUCCACUUAUAUAUAUAUAUAUAUAUGCUGUAUUUAUUUGUCCUGUGUCUCGUAUUUGUCUGUGUCUUUUGUAUUGUCCACCAACUUGUAAAUAUCUUAUAUAUCACUAUAAAGUAGAAAACACAUGAUUAAUUAAUUAAUAAUAAUAAAAUGUUGUUACUCAA